UUGCCUUUAAGCCCCGCCCACAGCUGGUGCUGCCUAUCGCGAGCCGGACGGAAUAAUCUACGUUUUCACAUCAAAAUCACUCCGUGGAUAAAUAGGUCUAGCGGUCCGUCCGUAUCAACACCUUAGUUCUUUUUUAUUUCUUCCUACGUCUAUUUCCGUGUGUUUCGCCUCUCGUUUAUAACCCAUAAGGCUUAGAGGACAUCACGGAAGGUUACAGUAUCCGAGUCUGAUACGGUGUGAAAUACCGGCUGUCGCCUACAUCUUAUAAAGCGCGAAUUAAUAUACAAUCAUGACUGAUUCCGUCGUGGACGCGAAGUCGGAGGUAAAACAGGCCAGUAAAGAGUUUAAGGAGAGUGAAAAUGUGGCGGAGAAAUAUUCAGCUCUCACUGUGUGUAAAAAGAGCGAGCCGAGCGCCGGAGAGCUGCCCGCCGCAUUCACUGCGGUCAGCACACACAAGAGCCUCAAGAAGCAGAUUCAGUUCGCCAACCAAGAGGAUAAGCAGGAAUUCAGCAAGUUCCCAACAAAGACGGGCCGCCGUUCCUUGUCUCGCUCCAUCUCUCAGUCAUCCACUGACAGCUACAGCUCUGCUGCCUCGUACACUGACAGCUCAGACGAUGAAACAACUCCUCGAGAAAAAACUCAGCUCAACUCUAAAGGUAGCAGCGACUUCUGUGUCAAAAACAUAAAGCAGGCCGAGUUUGGCCGAAGGGAGAUCGAGAUUGCGGAGCAAGACAUGUCUGCUCUGAUCUCAUUGAGAAAGAGGGCUCAAGGAGAGAAGCCUUUAGCUGGGGCCAAAGUGGUCGGCUGCACCCACAUCACCGCGCAGACAGCGGUCCUGAUUGAGACGUUGGUGGCUCUAGGUGCUCAGUGUCGUUGGGCUGCAUGCAACAUCUACUCUACUCAGAAUGAGGUGGCUGCUGCCUUGGCAGAAAUAGGAGUGGCUGUAUUUGCCUGGAAAGGAGAGUCUGAGGAUGAUUUCUGGUGGUGUAUUGAUCGCUGUGUCAACACAGAAGGCUGGCAGGCAAACAUGAUCUUGGAUGAUGGUGGUGACCUCACACACUGGGUAUAUAAAAAGUACCCCAGUGUGUUUAAGAAGAUUCAAGGAAUUGUGGAGGAGAGCGUCACUGGAGUUCAUAGACUUUACCAACUCUCUAAAGCUGGAAAACUGUGUGUUCCUGCCAUGAACGUCAAUGACUCUGUCACCAAGCAGAAGUUUGACAACCUUUACUGUUGCAGGGAGUCCAUCUUGGAUGGUCUUAAAAGAACUACAGAUGUGAUGUUUGGAGGGAAGCAGGUGGUGGUUUGUGGUUAUGGGGAGGUGGGAAAAGGUUGCUGCUCUGCUCUGAAAGCUCUGGGAGCCAUUGUUUGUAUAACGGAGAUAGACCCUAUCUGUGCUCUCCAGGCCUGCAUGGAUGGCUUUAAGGUCGUCAAGCUGAAUGAAGUUGUGCGUCAAAUGGACAUGGUGAUCACAUGCACAGGGAAUAAAAAUGUGGUAACCCGUGAGCAGCUGGAUCGUAUGAAGAAUGGCUGCAUUGUGUGCAAUAUGGGCCACUCGAACACAGAGAUUGAUGUGGCAAGUCUCAGGACCCCAGAGUUGACGUGGGAAAGAGUGCGCUCUCAGGUGGACCAUGUCAUCUGGCCUGAUGGGAAAAGAGUCAUCCUGCUGGCAGAAGGGCGCCUACUGAACUUGAGCUGCUCCACUGUGCCCUCAUUUGUGCUUUCCAUCACAGCCACAACACAGGCCCUUGCACUAAUAGAGCUGUACAAUGCACCAGAAGGCCGCUACAGACAGGACGUUUACCUGCUGCCCAAAAAGAUGGAUGAGUAUGUGGCUAGUUUGCAUCUGCCCAACUUUGAUGCUCACCUUACAGAACUGUCAGAUGAACAGGCCAAGUAUAUGGGCCUUAAUAAGAAUGGACCUUUUAAACCAAACUACUACAGAUAUUAGUUUGUAUGAGUCACAAAGACCUUCAUCAGGAAUGAAGAGACCUGCAUUAUUCAGCAAGCCAAGAGAUUUAUUUUCUAUUUACUGUCCAUUUCUAACAGGAAAGCUUGAUUUUACGUGAAUGUUCUCAUAGUGUCUUAGACACUUAAUAAUCGAUUCUCAUAUCUAUAUGUAUACCAAUAAUUCUGCUCUUAUAGCACUGCAUUAGUGUAACUUAUUCUGUAUGAAUUUAUUAUCUUUAAAUCACAUUAUAAAAGGACCAUAUAUUUUAAAUUGUGCCAUGUAUGGGUAGUGGUGAAGUUUGAAUGGGAGCAUGUUUCGGGGAAUUAUCCUAUUUUUCACUUUGAUGUCAUUCCAGUACUUAUAUUAUUACACGUGUUCUAUAACUAAUCUUUAUGCUAACAGAAAACCAAAACGUAAAAAAAAAUAAUGUCACACACUGAACUCAUUAUCCAUAAUUAUGAAUGAUCUACCUGAUAUAAUGCAUUUUGUGGGUGUAAUAAUUACAUAUAAGCUUUAGGUACAGUAUAAGAUUUUUUUUCUUCUUGCAAUUUCCAAAUAAUUGUUUCUUUAGCACUUCGUUUAAUUUAUCCUUUUAAUAUGUAAACAAUUUACAGUUAUUUUUUCCCAAAUAAUAUUUUUAAAAACAUUACAUGAGAAUUUUACAGAAUGAUUUCAGGCCUACUUUGUCUUUGUUAUAUAUGCUGUGGUAUGUAUAUUACUCCCAAGGGCUAGAGUGCUCAGAUACUGUAUACUUGUUAUA